AUGGAUCAAUGGUUAAAAUUUGGCACUCUUAAAAAAAGAAAAAUUACUGGUUUGGUAAGUGAUCCUCCAUCAUCGAGUACCAGUCCUUGUGAGGAGCAACCUAAGGAGAAGUUGCCGCGUGUCAGCGAAAUUAAGCUUCCAGUUCCAGUUCUCCAACCGACAAAAGUAAGAAAAUAUAGUGAAGAGUAUUUGUCCUAUGGAUUUUCAUUCGUAAUUAUUGAUAGCAUCCCUAGACCUGAGUGUGUUGUUUGUGGGGAAGUACUAUCUAACGGUAGUAUGAAGCCUUCAUUACUUAGUCGCCAUUUGCAAACCAAACACGUAGAUUUCAAAGAUAAAGGUCUGGCCUUUUUUAAGCGUUUGCUCGAAAAUAAAAAUAAGUCGAAUAUAGACACGUACUUAACUUCUGGUUGUACCAAUGAAGAUGCUAUUGAGGCCUCCUAUCGCAUCAGUUACCGUAUCGCCAGAAAUGGUAAAAAUCACACGAUUGGUGAAAAUUUGAUUUUGCCCAGCAUUAAAGACGCAGUUGUUUGCAUGUUCGGUAAUGAGUAUGUUCAGAAAAUUAAUGCUAUUCCUCUCUCCAAUGAUACUGUGUCUCGUAGAAUCAAGGAAAUUUCUGAUAAUAUGGAGGAGAUGUUGAUAAAGGAAAUCAAUCACAGUCAAUAUUUUUCCAUUCAGGUUGAUGAGAGUACUGAUGUAGCACAAUUUGCUGUUUUGAUGGUUAUUGCAAGAUACUUGAAAGGAAAUGAAUUUGUAGAAGGACUUUUGCUUUGUCAUCUUCUUUCCGAACGCACAACAGGUGCAGAUAUUUUUCAUGCCAUUGAUUCCUACUUUACUAAAAAGGGAAUAAAGUAG